AUGAAUGAGAAGAAAAAUAAGACAAGGCCAAAGCCCAGCGGCCCUUUCUAUUUCCUGCUAGCAAACCUUGUACAAUAUAAUGAGGUGAACAUGGAAGAGGGAGAAGCUGCCCAGUUUUCCUCUAGUGCUCACAAGGAAGAUGAUGAUAGGAAGAGAAAGCAGAGAGAUGAGCUAAUCAGAAUUCCUGCAUCACUGGAUCCAGAAGUGCUUUCUCAGUUAGAAAACAUAAACAAUCGCAUCACCAAACUGGAAGGAGUUCUCCUACUGCAAGGAAAAAUACAACAAGUUAAUAAUAAAAUACUAGCUACCAAUGGAAAAGAGGUAGACUUUGAAGCUUCCAAAACCACCUGUAAGGAUGUCCAUGGAAGCAUUGCUACUCCCAUGUAUGAAGAAGAAAACAAUGCACUCUUAACAAUUCUCAAGGAAUUUAACAGAUAUGCAUACCUGGGAAUACUGGAGGGGCCAGCUACUGGAGAAUUCCAUUAUUUGGAUGAAUACCAUUAUAAUGAUGGAAAUCAUUUAAACUACACCCACUGGAGAAAAAAUGAACCAAGCGGGAAAGGAAAGGAAAAUUGUGUUGAAAUGUACACAGAUGGAACAUGGAAUGACAAGGCGUGUAACCAGAAGAGGCUCACAGUUUGCGAGUUUUAA